CCUUUUUUGAAUCCUGAAUCCUGAAUAUUUUUUUUUGUGUCUCUAAAAAUGCUGCGAUGCUGUGCCAGUCUAUUUUCGAUUGUCUAACCCUUCAUAAUUUCAUGCAUCCAUUCCAUUCCAUUCCUCCCCCCACUUCCUGGAUAUAGAAACCCGGACGCGCCGCCCAAGGACACUCCGUUGAUCACGCAGUUCACACCGAACCCGAACCUGCACAAAUCCUUCUACGGACUCGACUACAACCCCGCCAAUGCCCUCAUGCCCUGGUGCGGCGCCACGCUCCAGAACGUCGUCGACGAUGUUAUCAUCAUGUCCCAGCUCACGAACCGCAUCCGCCUCUACGGCAUGGACUGCAACCAGGCCGAACUGACCUUCCAGGCGAUCCAAGCCCUCAAACUCAACAAUACCAUGAAGGUCGUCCUGACGCUCUGGGUCGACACGAACCAGACGACCGUCCAGCGUCAGUACGAUACCUUGUUCAAGGUCCUGGACACCUACGGCACAGAUAUGGUCCAGGGCAUCAGUGUCGGUAACGAGGUCCUCUUCCGCAAGGAUAUGACCCUCGCAGCUCUGGGGAGUCUCAUGUCCACGGUCCGGACGAACAUCCGUACCCGCUACAACAAGUCCAUCCCCGUCUUCACAUCCGAGAUCGGGAACAAUUUGAAUUCGGCCCUGGCCGAGGUCUCGGAUGAGCUCAGCGGUAACUUGCAUCCGUACUUUGCGGGGGUCGCCGCCGCCGAGGGCGCCAACUGGACCUUUGCACAGUACAACUAUACGAUCAUCGGAAACCCCACCAAGUCCGGCAUCAAGGGCGCAAUCUCCGAAGUCGGCUGGCCAUCCGCUCCUGCCACUGCUAUUGAUUCGCCCUCGGCCGUCCCCGGUGUCGAUAACCUCCAGAUCAUGAUCAAUGAUUUUAUCUGCCAGGCCAACACUCAGGGCAUCCCAUAUUACUGGUUUGAGUUCAAGGACGAGCCCUGGAAGACCGACCCUUCGGUACCUGUUGAACCUAACUGGGGCCUCUUUGACAAGGAUGGAAAUCUCAAAGUCACGAUACCCAACUGCGUAGUAGCAUAAACAAAUUCAUUUAAUCCAU